AUGUUUGGGACUCAAUUUGAUUACUUAAAACUAAAACCAAGAACAGUAGAAGAAAUACAUCAUGAAGAUGGUUAUGUAAAAGAAGGAAUUGAAAGAACAGCAACAAGAAGAAUCUUUUUAUCAGUUGAAUAUGAUCAUUUUGAAAAGAAAUAAAUUUAAUAAUUCAAAGAUAUCAUUAGAGGUGCUAAUAUAAGUGUUAGUUCUGAUGAUGUAUUAUUAAGAUUUCUAUAUGCAGGAUAUUUCAAUAUGACUAAUUGUUUAGAAGUAUUUUAAAUUCCAUUCUCAAAUAGUUAUAUAAACGACAUAUAUAUUGGUUGAAUACUAGUCGUCUCUCUACUAUACCAGAUAAAGUACUCUUAUGUUUAAGAGAAGGAUUAGUUUAUAUAGGAGGCAAAGAUUAUUAAUAUCGUCCAAUUAUAGUUAUUAAUUUACAUAUGAUGGAUCUAUAUCUAUUCGAUUCAGAUGCCUUUAUACAUGCUCUAUCUAUUUUAUUUGUUAUUUGUGAAGAUUAUAUGUUCUAUCCAGGAAAAGUUGAAAAUAUUGUUGUUAUUGUUGAAACUGAUUAAAUGAGUCUUUACAAUUUUCCUUAAAAAACAUUUCAAGUAAUUCUAUGGAUGAUGAGUUAAAACUUUCCAUAAAUAUUAGAUCGUCUUUAUUUAUUUAAUCCAUCUAAAGAAUUACUAAUGAAUUGGGAUAAUUAUCAUUAAAUGUUAGAUAGUAGAACAUUCAAAAAAAUUGAAAUUUGGGAAUCUAAAUCAUUUGCUCCUCUUGCUCAUGGUUUUCAUCCUGACAUGUUGGAACGUAGAUUUGGAGGAGGGAUGCCCAAUCUACAAUAAUAUUGGUUACCUACUCAAAUCAUCUAAUAACCUAGUAGUAUUUCAUAUAAAGUUCAAAAACCCAUAUAUAAUCAAGGAACUAUUUAAUAUUCUCUUUAUAAUGAUCCUAAAGAACUAUUAGAUCGAUUACAACAAAGAGAUGCAGAAGAUAGAUCAUAAGAAGCUACGCUUAAAAGUGAGCCUCAAUCUAGUGUUGCUUCUGGAAAAUUAAAAGUCAUUGAUUUUCAUUAAACUAUGGGUAAUGCUUUUAAAAUUUAAAAUAAUGGCCAAGAUUAAUAAGAUUUAAGUUAAACUAAUUUCUCUGGAGAAUUCUAUUAAUAAACUAAUUAAAUUCAAUAAUCUUCAUAAUAAUAAUAAUUCAUGAACCCUGGAUUUUAGGGAUCAGCAAUUCCAGAUUAAUAGUUUUAAAAAAAUAGUAAAGCCAAUUCUGUAACCUCAUCUCAAAGAAUUAAAGAUCAAUAUAUAGCUUAAUAAUUAAUGGGUUCCUCUUAAAAACCCAUUAGUGGUAUCUAACAAACUAUAAGACCAAAUACUAUGCCUGUACCUUAAUUAGGAGCUCCUGCUCAAUCUGAAAGAAUUUAUGAAUCUAUGGAUGAAAAAUUAAAUGAUUCAUAAAGACCAUCUAGUAAUAAUGUUUAAGCAUGUUUAAUAAUGUGA